AUGCCGAAAGGCAAAGCCAAGAAGCGUAACCCGCGACCGUACCACGGCUCUGCAGAGCCGUAUGAGACUCACCAAGGCUCAUCACACAGACGCGGCGGUACGCACAAAGUACGCGAUGAGAACAAGACUGACUCCGUCUACGACAGCUUGAACUACAAAGAGCUAGUCGAAACAGCAAAAGAGCGCAGUAUCUACCGCAAGGAUAUGAAGAAGGUAGAGAUGGCUUGGGCCCUGAAGCACGACGACGAGAACAGAAAGCGUGCUGAACAGGACGCCCGUAUUGCACGGCAACGGAAGCUGGAGGACGCAAAGAAGGAAGAGGAGAGAAAGGCUGCGGAGAAAAAGGCACAGCUGAUUGCUAAGCAAAAGAAAAGAAGAGAGAAAGAGGAGAGGAGAGAGCGCGACGAAAGCGUCAGUGACGACACUGUGAGUGAUCCCGACAGUGAAGACGGUGAAAACGCAGGGGAUGAGUACAACCGCGAGAGAUUCGGUGAGGCGCUCAGUGAGGAAUCGUGGGAUAGCAGUUCCUCAGAGUCAAGUGCUGCAUCUGUAGACCAGAUCUACGAGCCUGGAUGCAGACUCCGCCUUUUCGAGUGGCCCAACCAGACCAUGCCAUCAGCCAAACCUGGAGGUUGGGAUCACAAAAGAUGGUGUCCGCUGCCCUUGCCCUGUCCUGUACCUUAUGCACCUCUGAAGAUUACAACGAUGUAUAGCAAGCAAAAGCUCAUCUUACCUGGAGCCAAGUACCCACCAAGCGUCACCCCAGACUUCGUACCCAUCCUCAACCCCUUGGUCCGAUCCGCAGCACGCAACGGUCAUCUCCUUGGCCCGCUCCGCAAAGCCGUUGUCGAAAGAGGUACGGAUUGGGCUCAACGCACGCUCAUUCAGGGCUGCAAUGGACACAUGUACUUCCACCUCGGCUCCAGGAACGAAACGAAAGUCCUAGCCGAUACAUACAACAAGUGGUAUCUCGAAAACAGAAAGUUGCUGCGCGUCAAAGGAAAGGGUAAUGGCGAUCCUAGUGAUCGCGCUGCACGCCACGCGCAACGGCAGAGGAAUAAGGCGAAGAUGACGGCGGAAGUGUAUGAAGCGUCGCAGUAUCGGCCGUUGGCUAUGUGCUAUGUGCCUGCUUAUUUGGAGUAUGGUGAGCCGGUUCAAGAUGGUGUGGGCAAGAAGUGUUUGGAAAACUUGUUCUUUGUUAGGUUUCCCGGGUGCGAUGUACCACACUAUUACUUCUGGGCAAGGGAGGGAGAGUGGGGGGAUCCUACGGUGGUGAAUCCGGCGUGGAAUGCUCAAGCGUGGACGGACAAGGAAGCUAUGCGCUCGGAGGAGAAGCAGACUGCAGGGGAAGGAUCGAGGGUUGGUCGGCCUACUAAGAUGCAGUUGAUGCGCGUCUGCAAAACAUACGUCGACCUCCCUUCCUCUCCACCAUUCUCGAAUCCAACAAACAUCACCGAGACCAUCGCACUAGUCGAGCACCACAUCUACUGCGACGGCCUUUCCCGAACCCUCGCCCACUACCGCCAGAAGUGGGUUGCGAACGGGAAACAACGAGCCUGGCAGACCUUCGUCGCAGCGUUACCGAAGCUCUGGCCCAGUGGCGAGAUACCAAGCGUGCCACCCGUACACAGUGAACCUGGCGUGAAGCUUUCGAUUAAGCUGGCUACGAUCGAUUGCAUGAAAGAAUAUGGAGAAACGCCGUUCAGUCCGUUGAAUGGGACUGAGGCGUGGACGAGAGAUGAUGAUAGGGUUUGGGAUGUUGUUGAGGUUGAUGUCGAGGAAGAGCUCGUGUCUCCUAUUGCUUCGACCGAAGAAGACGACGAUGACUACGACGCAAAGGGUAAGGAUGGAGAAGAGGUGAAUGGUGAUUUUGAGGAGGAUGAGGGCAACGAAGCAGACGAUGAGGCGUUGUAUCGCCGUGAUAGCGUGGUUUUGGCUCCGGGUUUCACCAUGUCGGACUCAGUUGUGGCAUGGCUGGAAAAGGUCAAGGAUAUUUCUGCAGUGUUGCCUGCACCGAGCGAACAGUUUGUUAAAGCGAUAACCCUAUACGAGUGGGAGGAAAAGUACCUGCCGGGCGGCAACGACUCGAGCUAG